GGGACAAAAGAUGGCACAAGUGUAGCCGUCAUCGUCUGCUAGUGUGACGGUCACGCAAGCAUGUGUCCUUCGUAGUGCUUCUCGCUCCCGUAGUGCACCGUAUCAAUAGUUCGGCAGUGUCAAGAUUAGCGUACAGGUGCGGCUAGGAGGGCCCGGCCCAGGUGCUUCGUUUUCUCGGGACCCGACAAUGAGCGACCAUGAUGUCGACGACAUUGCCUUCCUUACAGGCUGCUGUUUCCUGUAUGAAUAUGCAGCCUCCGUCAAGGGCUGGAGAACCAGACACAGGUGUUGCUGUACACCUGUUGUCUGAUGGGCUGCUACAGGGUCACCCAAUGAGAGCGGCUUCAUGGUCAACAAACGGGCCAUGUAUGAGCCGGGGGCUGUCAUGGUGUGCUCCCAGAAGCGGGCAUGCUGUGUUGUCUCCAUGGGCUUUGCUGCCAUCAUUGCUGUUGCGCUCAUUGUGGCAUUCACCAAGCCAGGUUGCCCUGAGGCCACCUACAUAGGGGAGCCAGUCCCUGGCUUCAGCAGCCGUCCCACCCACUCCCCACCUACCACACCUCCAACAGCUACCAAUGGAGAGGAGUUUCCCUGGAGAGAUGUGCGACUCCCAUUCCACGUGCGGCCGCUGCACUACAACAUCACCUUACACCCCAACCUGACCACCAGGCUUGUGGAAGGACAUGUGACAAUUAAGCUUACAGCCAUUGAGGAGACAACUGCCAUCAUCAUCCAUGGCCAUGAGCUCAACAUCACUAACUACUCCCUUAACAAAAAGUAUGGGAAGCCAAUUGAGAUCCUCAAAUUUCUCGUGUAUCCACCUCACCAGCAGUUGUACUUGGGUCUCAAUGAGAUCCUGAGGCGAGGGAGUAACUACACCCUGAAACUGGGAUUCAGGACUUCCUUGAAGGAGGGACUGGAGGGCUUCUAUCUCUCCUCAUACAUUAGUGCUAAGGGAGAAAGAAGGUACCUUGCAACAACCCACUUUGAGCCAACAUCAGCGCGAGCAGCCUUCCCCUGCUUUGAUGAGCCUCACAUGAAGGCACAGUUCUUCCUGAGCCUGGUCAGGGAACCACAGCACAUUGCCCUCUUCAAUAUGCCUGUGCAGGAAACCCUGAGUCUGAAUGACACAGGCCUGGUGGUGGACAAUUUUGAGGAGAGCAAGACCAUGAGCACCUACCUUGUGGCCUUUGUGGUAUGUGAUUACAAGUCGGUGAGCAACAUGACACGCCACAACAUCAGAUUAUCAGUCUAUGCACCUCCCACCAUGAUAGGUCAAGCUGGCUAUGCCCUCCAAGUGGCCUCCCACAUCUUUGACUUCUACCAGGACUUUUUUGGUGUCAAGUACCCACUCCCUAAGCAAGAUCUGAUAGCCAUCCCAGACUUUGGGGCAGGGGCCAUGGAGAACUGGGGUCUCAUCACUUAUCGGGAGACAGCACUCAUGUUUGAUGGCAACCACACAUCCUCUCGGGCACAGCAGGGAGUGGCAGUGGUCAUUGCCCAUGAACUGGCGCACCAGUGGUUCGGCAACCUGGUCACCAUGUCCUGGUGGAGUGAUUUGUGGCUGAAUGAAGGUUUUGCAAGUUUCAUGGAGAACAUUGGUACCAAGGCAGCUCAACCUGGUUGGGCCAUGGAGGAGCAGUUCCUGGUGGAAAAGAUGCAGCCUGCCCUGGCCCUGGAUGCCCUGCUGGCCUCUCAUCCCAUCUCCACCCCUGUCAGGGAUCCUGCACAGAUUGAGUCCAUCUUUGACACAAUCUCAUACAAAAAGGGUGCCUCCAUCAUCAGCAUGCUGGAGUCCUUCAUUGGGCACAAGAUGCUUGCUGAAGGCCUGCAGCUCUACCUCAAGGAGAAUGAAUUUGGAAAUGCAGCCACUGAUGACCUCUGGGCAGCUCUGACCAAGGUUACUAAGAAGCAUAACAAUGAACUAGACAUAAAGGGCAUCAUGGACACCUGGACCCUGCAGGCUGGCUUCCCCUUGGUCUCAGUCACUCUUCAAGAUGGCCGUGUCUCAGCCAGCCAGGCACGCUUUGUGGUUUGUGAAGAGAAUGUUACAGAUCCAAAUGAGCCUCUGAACACCACCAUUGGCUACCGGUGGCAUGUUCCGCUCACCUACAUAACCAGUGAGCAACCACACGAGCAGGCCAUGUACUGGAUGAACCUCACUGAUGUGGAGUUUGAGGUUGGGAAGGAUGUCAAGUGGGUCAAGUUCAAUGUUGGGCAACGAGGGUUCUUUAGGGUAAGCUACGAUGCAGUGGGCUGGGCAGGACUCAUCAGCCUCCUGCGCAACAACCACACAGCCCUCUCCUCAGCUGACCGCGCCAACCUAGUGGAUGACAUCUUCACUCUCGUCAAGGGUCGCCUUUAUGACAGUCCCACCCUGGUGCAGGCCGGAACCAUCAAUGGCUCCCUAGCCCUUGAACUGAGCCUCUACCUGAAGAAUGAGACACGGUACAUCCCUUGGCACACCGCCCUGGAGCACCUCUUCCAGUGGGUGCAGCUCCUCUUCAACUACCCAGCUCACACCCAGAUGUUGCAGUACAUUCACACCCUCAUCCUCCCUCACUACAAGAGAAUAGGCUGGAAUGACACUGGCACACAUCUUGAAAGGCUGCUGCGGUCUAAGAUCCUGUCGGCAGCUGUUUAUUGUGGUGAUACUCAUGCCAUCCAGGAAGCAAAGCGCAUGUUUCAUGAGUGGCGUGUCAAUGGCACUUUCAUUCCUCCAAACCUACGGGCAGUAGUGUACUCCACUGGAGUGAGGUAUGGCACGGAGGAGGACUGGCGCCACUGCUGGAAGGUGUACAACAGCUCCACCUUCCCCAGUGAGAAGAAGCUGAUGCUGAUGGCCAUGGCUAAAACCCAGAACCCUUGGCUCAUGCAGCAGUUCCUUGAGUACACACUGGAUUCCAACAAGAUCCGCCACCAGGAUGUGCUGACAGUGCUGCAGGAGGUGAGCAAGAACCCCAGCGGGCGGCUCCCGGCAUGGCGCAUGGUGAGGCAGCACUGGGCACAGAUCUCACAGCUGUUCGGCCAAGGCUCCUUCACCAUUGGGUCCAUCAUCAAGGCUGUCACUUCCACCUUCACUUCAGCCUUUGAUCUUGGGGAGGUGGAGAGCUUCUUCAAGGAUGUGAGUGUAGGAUCAGGGGAGCGAGCACUGGCCCAGGCACUGGAGACCAUUCGCCUCAACAUUCAGUGGCAUGAACACAACCUGGAUGAUGUCUCACACUGGCUUGACCAACACAUGACUCAAGCUGAGACACAGGUUGAGGUUGAUCCACAGUAACUUUUCCCUGACUCUUGUUCUCUGUAUCUCAUUCAUUCACUGGCCAAUCUAGAAUACCGGUCACUCUUGCCCGUAAGGGUCAUGUUGGCCUUCAGUUCAUGUUGGUGACUGGUGUGCAAAGUGAUAGGUCUGAAAGAGAGUAAGUGAUCCAAGUGAAGGAAAAGUAACAUAUCCAUUAAUUUCCAUUGUGUUUCCUGGGGUGUCAGGAGUGCUCUGUGUCUUAUGGCUGGCUGGCAGCAGUCAAGGAGGGUCAUGUUACAAAUGAUAAUUACUUAGUGUAUUCAAGAAUUUUCAGGUACUAAUUUAAAUUUUUUUAUACACAUUUUACAUUACAGAACCCUCUAUCCAUUGCUACUUUUAUGAACAAGGAUGACAAACACGGUAGUUAUGCUUUGAAACUAACCACUAAACUAGUGUAGAUGUGUAGCCUGUAGAAGAGAGGAACACUAAUAAAUACUGAAUGAGAUGUGAAGGGUGUGGAGUUGAGACUUCAUUUGAUGUAAUCAUUUUCUUGGCUUUUAUGUGGUCUUCUCUCAGCACAGCACUUGGGUGUGAUUCAGGGAGUGUGACAAGUUAUAAGGAUCCUAGAGGAACGAGAUCAGUGAAGUGGGUGUUUGCCUAUGUAUCCUUUCACCAGGUUGGGAGUUUGGUAAUCCUCAGGGACAUAGCAAGUCUCCCUCCAGUUAUAACAAUGUGUUCUGGCUUGAUGACUAUUUAUUUUGUAUACUACUUGAUGUUUAGCCAUAGCAGUGCCUCCCUGAUGCUUGAAAUACUCCUAACUUGGGUAGCAGAAUAAGCUAGGAUCAAGUAGGUUCAGUCAUUAGAUUUUCCAUGGUGGUUGAGCAUCUUGGUUGUUUUUUGUAUUAAGCAUUGAGAAGCUGUGACCUCAACCAACAUCCACGUUUAUCAAACACAACCACCUCCACUCCAUGAUCCUGUUGGGAACACCCUCCUGAAGGCUGCCCACUUUAACCACAUCAACACUGCAUAUCUCUCAGAAAAGGAUGAAAUUAUUCCUAACAAUCACAUUUUAUAGUGGUGGGAUGCUACUUAUUAUCACUUGACUAUGUAUGUACUUAGCUUCUGCCAACAAGAUGGACAGGAGAGCCAUCGUAUCUGCCGUGCAGCCUUGUUUCAGUAUUGCCUGUAUAAUACAGUCUUGGUUGGAUAUUGAGUAACAUACUGCACUCCAUCUGUGUUGUGAGUUUUCCUAAAUCAUAUGUUCUCUCAUCUGAUAAGAGUCAGAUGAUCAGAGAGUUUAAGAUUCAGGGACAAUGGAAAGGGAGUGUGUAGCAGGUUACUUGACUUCUGACCAUGGCUUUGCACCUGAACUGUAAUUGUUUUCAGGUUGUCAUUUCAUAUUGAGGCACAAGUUAUGAUGGGCCCACUUUCCUUAUAACAAAAAGAGGGUUCCAGAAAUAUUAACCAAGUUGUUACAGGGUUGUGGAAUAUUAUCACCUGUUUCUAUGCUACGAAGGUUACUGAGCCUCGUGGCUGCUAUAUUGGGCUCACUGCCACACUCUGUUCCUAUAUAUAGCAUAUAAUUUUUAGAGUCUAUAAAUUAUAGAUUAUGGAAAAAUUUUAGUCCAUUUCCUAUAUAGUGUACCAUUUUUAGAGUUUGUAAAUUAUAGAUUAUGGAGAAAUUUUAGUCUGUUUUUUUUAGCAAGUUAUGCAAAUAAAGAUAUAAAUCAAAUUUUAUCACACUUCAUUCUGGGAAUUGAAGUUUAAUUUGUUACAUAUUAUAAAAGUUUAUAAAAGACAUGAAGGAGCUUUAGGUCUUAAGGACAGUCUGUCUGGCAAGGACACUCCAUCUUCCAUGACAUGAGGUCAGAGGUAGAAGUAGAGUAGUGGUGUGUAUUGGUGUGCAGAUAUUGGAGAAUAGUCAUAUCUUGGCUCUUAAAUGUAUAUCGGAAACUGUCCUGUACUUGAAUUAUUCAUGUCCAUAUAGCACAAAGUAUUACAAA